UACAUUUGUUGUGUUGUGUGUUGUGUCAUCAAAUAUUUUUAUUAAAAUUAGUUAGAAACAUUUUUAAACUCUCAUUUUUAAGAAUUACCUUACUCUGCCUUGACAAUUAUUUCAAAGAAAAAAAGGUAAUACAUACAUUAUUCUGUAACUUUAAUAUUUGGAAAUGACACGAUUAUAGAAAAUUAUAGCUUUGGAAUAAAGUUGGUUUUGUUUUGUUGCCAAAAUGAACAUGGACAGAUUACAUUCUGUUUUUCGAAAAAGUUUUAAUAGUUUUCUUUUACCUGUUCGUAUGAUGCAAAUAAAACGUCUUGAGUUGUACCAGAACUGUUAUCGGAUCCUCGGCGUUGAAGAAAACUCUGACCAAAACACUGUUCGCAAGGCAUACAUCGAAAUCGUAAAAAAAGUGCACCCAGACAGUGGCCACGAAGAAGCAUCCGCCGAACGUUUUCAACAAGUUGAUGAGGCUUUUAAGACACUCCAGGAGAAAUUCGCUAAAAAUCGGAGGGGAAUAAACGAUGACGAGGAAGAAGAGGAAGUAUUUGAUAUUAAACAUACAGCACCGCAGCAUCGACAAUACCUGAGCUAUGAGGGAUAUGGAUUUGGUACUCCAUUUCAGCGCCAAAAACAGUACCAACAAGUAAAAGCUAUGAAGGCUCAAGAAAGAGUUCUAAGCCACCGCUUGGAGAAGGCACAUGCUGGUGAAAAAACCAUUAUGAAGAAAGGUUCAUUCUUUAAAAAUCACGCAAUUAAGACCAAAUACGGCUUUGAUCGUGUCGUUGAAGAUUUGAUUCAGGAGGCAAUGAACAAAGGUGAUUUUAAUAAUCUAACUGGCUCCGGUAAGCCACUGUCAAACGCACAAUCACAAAACCCUUAUCUAGACUUUACAACACAUAAAUUAAACAGAAUUUUGCUCGAUAAUGGUUUUACACCUGAAUGGAUAAUGUUACAGAAAGACAUAAGAGACUCUGUAGAUUUUCUUAAAAACAGCUUAAUUAAAGAUCGAUCAUACUUUGGUGACUAUCCUUUUGCCAAAGAUCAGGAACAAAUAAGAUGGGAACUCACAGUAUCUCAAUACAGUUCUAAUGUAGAACAAAUAAAUAGGGAUAUAGACAAGUACAAUCUUAUUGUGCCCAUUUUACAAAACCAGCUUUUUAGAAUUAGUUUGGAGAAGAUAGCGGACAAAAUUUUAAAAGACGAAACGCUCCCGAGAAAUUUAAAACGAUUGGACGAACAGAAGACACACGAAUCGAAUUCACCUAAGUCUGAUUUGUUUAGUUUCAUUGGUUCUUUGUUUUAGUUCAAGAUUUUAAAAUAUAUGUAUAUAUGUAUAGCUACCAUUUAAUAUUAUUAUGUUCGUUAAUAAAAUAAUUUUUCGUUGAAAAGCUUUGUGUUUUGGUUUUAAUUAAGUAGGACAAGUUUUAAAUUUCUCUAGAAGUAGAGAAAAACAAGAAUUUUAGAUAUGGGUAACUAGGCUA